AUGAAGAUGGGGGUGAAGACAUUUACUCACAGUUCCCCGGCACAUAGCCAAGAAAUGCUGGGGAAAAUUGAAUAUGUUACGUAAUGAUGGACACUUCUGUGACAUUACCAUACGGGUCCAGGAUAAGAUCUUUCGAGCACACAAAGUGGUGCUGGCGGCCUGCAGCGAAUUCUUCCGUACUAAGUUGGUGGGUCAGGCGGAAGAAAGCACCCAAUGUGUACUCGACCUGCACCACGUAACGGUGACAGGAUUCAUCCCCCUGCUGGAGUACGCUUACACAGCUACCCUGUCUAUCAAUACAGAAAAUAUUAUUGAUGUGUUAGCUGCAGCUAGCUACAUGCAGAUGUUCAGUGUAGCCAGCACAUGCUCAGAAUUCAUGAAGUCCAGCAUCUUGUGGAACACUCAACAAGAGAAGGUUCUCGAUACUGGACAGGAGAACACAGCAAAUUGUAACAACUUCCGAGAUGGUAGUCUUUCCCCAGUGUCCUCGGAGUGCAGCGUUGUUGAGAGGACAAUUCCUAUCUGCCGUGAGUCCCGGCGCAAAAGAAAAAGCUAUAUUGUCAUGUCCCCGGAGAGCCCCUUAAAGUGCGGCACUCAGACUAGUUCUCCACAAGUCCUAAACCCCACUCCUUCUUACACUGAGGCGCGAAGUCAACCUGUGGACUCCUCACACGCUUUCCCCUGGACUUUCCCUUUUGGCAUUGAUCGACGGUUACAGUCUGAGAAAGUGAAGCAGAUUGAGUCCAGAACAUUAGAACUUCCUGGACCCUCUGAAGUAACCAGGAGAGUGACAGAUUAUGUGCCGUGCGAAAGCACUAAAGUCAGUUCUCCACUUGUAAUGGAGGAAGAUGUGCGGGUCAAGGUGGAGAGGUUGAGUGAUGAAGAGGUACACGAAGAGGUGUCUCAGCCUGUUAGUGCAUCUCAGAGUUCAGUGAGUGACCAGCAAACUGUCCCUGGCAGUGAGCAAGUGCAGGAAGACCUACUGAUCAGCCCCUCAGUCGUCUUCCAUAGG